UUUGAAAAACCACAUCGCUAUUCAUACGAUGCAUGAUGUUGAGGUUAUAAGCGGUCUAACUGAACAAAACUAUCCGCAAGAUUUUUUGUUGAAUUUUUUCAAAAAAGACAGAUGUUCAUCAUGCUAAUCAGAAUGACAUCGAAAAGAUGAAUAAAAAAUGGACCGUAUGCCUCUUCUCAAGGUAGUUUGUACCGUUGUAUAACAGACAAAAACAGGCAUGGCAGAUGACCCCAUGCUUAGCUUGUUUGAUGCAGAUGGAGGAAGCUUUCUGGAUGACUUGACUGGUCCAGGAGGGGCACAGAGUAUAGAUAGUAAUUUUAUGGGACAGGGGAUGGCAAGUGAACAGAUAUUACAACAAUCGCAAGGAUAUGGCAUUCAGAUGUCAGACAUAUCAGGGAACCAGUUUAAUCCAUACCAACAAGCCACUCCUGCACCUGAACCAUUCCCAAAUGAUGGCUUCAACCAGUUUAAUGCCAGUCAGAAGUUGCAGCAAAUGAAUAUGACCACACCUCAUAGUGGCAUGCCUGCUAAUCAGCCUCAAAUGAUGCCCACUUACAGACAACAGCAGUUCAGACCUUCCCAACCCAAUAUAGGCCAACAAGGUCCAAAUAUGGGUGGAGGAUAUGGAAAUUAUGGGGCACAGCAAGUUGGACCUCGUUUACCAACCCCUCAACAACACAUGCAAGUUCAGAGUAUGCCUCAGUGGAAUGCUGGUCAGUCUAGUCCUAGUCGUCCUCAUUACAUAAACCAAUCUCAAAAUCUGAUGCAGUCCCAGCUGAUGCCCACCUCACAAGCGAUACAGGGCAAGUAUCUCCCUCAUCGUGACUUUCCACAACUGCCAUCCUCCAAUGCAUCCGAUUUUUUUCAGAACUUUCAAAGUACCCCAUCCUCUACUCAGCAAACUAUGUACAUGCAGAAUAUGGGUCAAAGAAAUCAAAUGCCCUCUGUGCCAAUAUCUAGCCCGAAUAGCUCCAUAGGACACAUGCAGACCUCAAUGCAGUCCAUGGCUCCUCAGCAGUCACAGUUACCCAUGCAAAAGCAACCAACAUUCCAAAUGCAGAAUACCAUGGGAAUACCUGGAUUUAAUAACCCUUCUCAACAGGUUCCUCAGCAACAUGCUGUACAAUAUCAGGGCAGUUUUCAGCAACAACAGCCAAUGAAUAAUGUUCAAACAAGUAGUUAUCAAAGGUUUCCUUAUGGUCAGAUGUCAAGCAAUACACCUAAUAAGGCGGGAGAAGCCGCAGGACAGUUUAAUACGAGUCCCAACCAGAGCUAUCGCCCAUCCUACCCUGCCUUGCCCACACAGAGAGCAACAACCCCCUCACCAAGACCCCCAUCUACUCCUGAGCAUUCUUCCAUGCCUCAAGUCAACCCUAGGGCACCUGCUCCAGUUCAGAUGGAGCCAUUAGUAUCGCCAACUGGACCUCGUUCAAAUGCGUCCACACCCGUGUCUAGUCCAUUCCACCAACCAGCAGUUAGUAAUAGUGGGCCAAACUUUCAACUCUCAAAUGAUAGUCAAGUAAACACACCUCUCCCAAAUUCCAAUGGUCUAGGACCCAGUAGUCCAAAUGUUAAAAACCCUGGGAAUGUUAGAAUGACUAAUAUGGAACGUGAGAUACAGUACCUGCAGCAGCAGUUAAAUCAGCUGCAAGCAGCUGGACAGACACAGCAAACUCAACAAAAAAUGCUGGAGGUUCAGGAAAAAAUCCGUUCUCUUCGUGCUUCUCAAGAACUACAGAGACAGAAAGCUCAAACAGAUCAACAAAGUGGAUAUCCAACAAAUGGGUCUAAGCAGACUCAUCACCAGCCACCACCACAGAACCAAACUAAUAUUACUCCAGUGGGUCAUGAUGGCAUGCAGGUUUCAGUGCAACAACCACAGCAACAACCUAAUCAACAGGCCCAAAUUUUAAUGCAACCACAGGCCACAUUGCAGCCACAGGUUGUAAUGCAGCAACCGCUGCCCACAUUGCAGCAGCAACAACCCCAAGUUCAACAGACAAAACCUCCCAUGCAACAACAGCCCACAAUUCAACAGCAACAACCUGUUAGUCAGCAACCUUCCUCAAACACACAAGUGUUUCAGAUAAGACAACCAAUGUAUGUUAAUCAGCCCCAGCCCCCACAAAAUGUCCUGAUAGUGACUUCCAGUCACCAGAGGUUGUUGCAACCACAACAGAUGCAACAGAUGUCAAAUGCUGUGAUGCAUUCUCCUCAAAAAGUUCAAGUUAUUCUUCAGCCACAGGGAAGCCAAGCGGCUCCUCAGAUGAUCAGUCCCCAAGUGCCUCAGUCAGUGAACAAUCUACCUCAUGUUAUAACUUCCAAUGUGGCUCAAGGAAUGGCCCCUAUGCCAUCUGUAGGGGCACAGCAGGGAAACAUUCCAUCAAGUGUUGUUCAGCUCCAGAUAGGUGGUGUUGCCCAGCCAGCACCCCAGCUUAUACAACCACCACCAGGCACAACUUUUCCUCCUUUACAAGACUUUGGCAGUGAAAACAAUGUAGGAAGUGCUGAAAAACCAAAGAAGAAUAAGAAAGCAAAAAAGCAACAAGAAAAAGCAGACAAAAUUGUAGCAGAGGCUGUUGCACGUGCUCAGGCAGAGGGAAGGGAUGUGCCAAAACUGAUGUCUGGUGAGAUUCCAGCUACAGUCAAUGAUGUUCAAAAUGCGGAUGAGGAAGACUCUAAGAAAAAGAAAAAACGUGUUCGAAAACCAAAGACUCCAAAGAAGGAAAAGAAAGAAGGAGAUUUCAGCAGUGGUGAAGGGACACAGGAGCUAGAGAGUCAAGGAGAAUCCACUAUGGAUGGAGAGAAAGUGGAAAAGAAAAAGGUUAAAGCAAAAGUGAAACCACCCAUUAAAAAGAAGAAAAAACCACCUGCUACCUUCCUGAAAAAGAAGAAGAGAAAGCGUCAUGACUCAUCUGAAUCGGACCCAGAGCUGAAACAUGCGGUGGCAGAAACAGAGGAAAUAGAUGAUGAUUCAAUUCAAAAGCGCCGUUCUGCACGCAAUACCAAGAGGAAGAAAUACCUAGAUGAUGUAGAUUUAAAUCUGUCGGAUGAGGAUACAAGAGAUUUGGAUCCAGAGGCUCUGACAGAGCAGCCAGCCACUGUCAAAAUUGACACCGUAGAAGAGGACAAUAGCAUGAUUGUGGACAAAAUUUUGGGAAGUAGAAUGAGAAAAAUGGACAGAGAUAUUGAUGUUGAUGGGGAAAAUGAGGAACAACAUGUUACAAAUGAGGAAGAGGUGGAGGAGUUCUUUGUUAAAUACAAAAAUUUCUCCUACUUGCACUGUGAGUGGAAAACAGCGGAAGAAUUAGAGAGGGGAGAUAAACGAAUCCAGCAGAAACUUAAGCGAUUCUUUUUGAAGAAAUCUCAAACCCAGCACAUGUUCUCAGAGUUGGAUGAGGACGAGCUAUUUAACCCUGACUACACAGAGGUACACCGAGUCCUGGACGUGUCAACUAUCAGUGACCCCAAUGGUGGUGAAGACAUCACUCACUUUCUUGUCAAGUGGCGAGGGCUGCCAUAUGAAGAUGCCACCUGGGAACUACAGCAGGAUGUUGACCCUGCCAAAGUGGAGCUGUUCUACAAGCUCCGGGAACCACCAGAGGAUGUGGAGAUAAAAGCCAGAGGUGCCCCAGAAGAGUGGGUGAAACUGGAGUGCUCCAGAGAGUAUAGAAAUAGCAACUCUUUGCGAGACUAUCAGCUGGAGGGAGUGAAUUGGCUGAUGUUCAGCUGGCACAAUCACCAAAAUUGUAUUCUUGCUGACGAAAUGGGUCUGGGAAAGACCAUUCAAAGUAUCACCUUCCUCAACGAACUCAUGUUGUUUGGAAUAAAAGGGCCGUUUCUAGUGGUUGUCCCACUGUCUACACUCGGAAACUGGGAGAGAGAGUUUGAUACUUGGACAGACAUCAAUGCCAUUGUGUACCAUGGAAGUUCUACUAGUCGUAACAUGCUGCAGGCCUAUGAAAUGUUUUACAAAGAUGGAAAAGGACAACGAAUCCCGAAUGUGUUUAAAUUCCAUGCUCUGAUUACAACUUACGAAGUCAUUAUUUCUGAUUGUGAGCUACUGAGUGACAUCGAAUGGAGAGUGGUGAUUAUUGAUGAGGCUCAUCGACUGAAGAAUGCAAAGUGCAAGUUAAUGGAAGGAUUAAGAAUGUUUGAUUGUGAACACCAGGUACUGUUAUCUGGCACUCCUCUACAAAACAACACAGAAGAACUGCACAGCCUCCUCAGCUUUCUGGAACCAGAGAGAUUCAAGUCGACUCAGGCCUUUAUGGCAGAAUUUGGAGAACUCAAAACAGAUAAUCAAGUGGAAAAACUGAAAGCUAUCCUGAAACCAAUGAUGUUGAGAAGAUUGAAGGAAGAUGUGGAAAAGAAUCUGGCUGCCAAAGAGGAAACCAUUGUAGAGGUGGAAUUAACAAACAUUCAGAAGAAAUAUUAUCGUGCAAUUUUGGAGCGCAACUUUACGUUCUUGUCGAAAGGCACGGGCUCUUCUGCUAAUGUUCCAAACCUGCUUAAUACCAUGAUGGAGUUGAGGAAGUGUUGUAAUCACCCAUAUCUUAUAAAAGGUGCUGAGGACAAAAUUCUAAAUGAGAGUAAGGAAACAAAGGGAAGUGAUCUUGAGAGUGUGUUCCAUCUCAUGGUGCAGUCAUCCGGGAAGAUGGUGCUACUGGACAAGCUGCUCCCCAAACUCAAGCAGGGGGGACACAAAGUCCUGAUCUUCUCUCAGAUGAUCCGAGUCCUGGACAUUUUAGAGGAUUAUCUAGUAAACAGACAAUACCUGUUUGAACGUUUGGAUGGUAGAAUUUGUGGAAAACUCCGACAAGAGGCCAUUGAUCGAUUCUCUAAACCAGAAUCUGACCGGUUUGUCUUCCUGCUGUGUACCAGAGCUGGAGGUCUGGGAAUUAACUUGACAGCUGCUGAUACAGUCAUUAUAUAUGACUCGGAUUGGAAUCCUCAGAAUGAUUUACAGGCUCAGGCCCGUUGUCAUAGAAUUGGACAAACAAAAGAAGUCAAAGUUUACCGUCUGGUGACAAGAAACUCUUAUGAGAGAGAAAUGUUUGACAAGGCUUCUCUGAAGCUGGGUCUGGACAAAGCUGUCUUGCAAUCCAUGGGUUCAGAUAAGACUGCACCACAAGCUCAGAUGUCAAAGAAGGAGAUAGAGGAGUUGUUACGUAAAGGAGCCUAUGGAGCAUUGAUGGAUGAUGACAAGGCUGGGGAUGAAUUCUGUGAAGAAGACAUUGAUCAGAUUCUCCAACGCCGUACUCAGGUUAUCCAGAUCGAAUCUGAAGGAAAGGGAUCAACCUUUGCCAAGGCAAGCUUCUCUAUGUCAGGCACCAGAACUGAUAUUGACAUCAAUGAUCCAAAUUUCUGGCAGAAGUGGGCCAAGAAAGCAGAUGUUGAUGUGGAGGGUCUCAAACACAAGAACGAGCUGAUUAUACAAGAACCAAGGCAGAGGAAGCAGACUACUCGAUACGGAAAUGAUGACGGCGUGAUGGAGAUGUCGGAGCUAGACUCCUCCAGUAAUAGCGAUGACGAGGACGAUGAGUCUCGCAAAACACGGAGUGGGAUGAAAAAGCGAGGAAGACCAGGCAGAAGAAGACGAGGCUCAGAUGAUGAUUAUGAUGCAGAUGAUGCUGAGGGAUAUGGAAGAUCGGACUGUUUCAAAGUGGAGAAAAACCUUCUAGUCUUUGGGUGGGGAAGAUGGAGAGAUAUUCUUUCCCAUGGAAAAUUUAAGAAGAUGUUAGUCGAGAAAGAUGUGGAGACAAUUUCAAGAGCAUUGCUGAUUUAUUCAUUACAACAAUACAAGGGAGAUGAAAAGAUUAAAGAGUUCAUUUGGGACUUGAUCUCGCCCUCAAGCGAUGGAUCUCUGAAAAACCACUCAGGAUUAUCUGCCCCUGUACCAAGAGGGAGGAAAGGCAAGAACAAGAAAAAGGAGGGGAAGGUGGAGAGCAGUUGUGAGCUGUUUAAGUAUAACAAAAUGAAAAAUUGUGAUCCGGAGGUAGUUUUACGAGACUCAGGCUACCGGAAGCAUUUACACAGACAUGCUAACAAAGUGCUGCUCAGAGUUAGAUUAUUAUACUACCUGAAAGAAGAAAUCAUAGGUUCUGAAGCCACGGAUAAAGUUUCUCAGGGAUUAACGGCAAGUGAAAUAGAGAUACCCCAGGCUGACCCUGACGGAGAUCCACCCACUGCUUGGUGGGAUGAGGAAGCAGACAAGUCGUUACUGAUUGGGGUAUACAAGCAUGGCUAUGAAAAAUACAACAUGAUGAGGCAAGAUCCUGCACUGAUAUUCCUUUCCAAAUGUGGACCACCAGAUGGAGCUGCACUAGCCGCAGAACAGAAUGAUGAUGAUGAUGAUGAUAUGGACGAGUCCAAGAUCAAGCAGGAUGAUGAUGAGGAUGUUUCCAUGAGCUCGAUACCUGAGUCUAGCAAAAAGGCUCCACCCACCCCUGCCACGCCCAAUGAAAAAGCUGAGGGUGAGGAGGGUAUGGAGGAGGACAAACUGCCCUUCCCAUCAUUCUCUGAUCUGAACACCCGACUGCGUAGAAUCAUCACUGGCUUCCAACGUAAUCACAAGAGGAUGCUAAUCAAGAAUGCUCAGAAAGUCAAGAGAAUGGAGCGUAGAGAACGAUUUGAGGCUGUUCUUAAGGAACGCGAGAACCAGAGGAUGCAGUAUCAGCAAUGGUCGGUACCAGACCCUUAUGGUCUCUCCCUCCAACAUUUGUCUGAAAGUGCAAGUCGCUGGUCCAGACGAGAAGAGCAGGAUUUCUAUCGGGUCAUUUCUAGCUUUGGUGUGGAAUUUGACCUGGUUACUGGACGAUAUAAAUGGGACCGAUUCCGACAACUGGCUCAUCUAGAGAAGAAGUUUGAUGACACUCUGACAGAGUAUUUCCAGGCUUUCUACCACAUGUGUAUGAGAGUCUGCAAGAAGUUUAAGAAUGAUGAUGAUGCGCUUCCUCCAAAUAACAUUUAUGUUGACCCCAUCACUGAAGAAAGAGCAAGCAGAUGCUUGGCUCGGAUCGACAUGCUGAACAAAAUCCGGACAGAGACCUUGAACCAUCCCAAGUUGGAUGAGAGAGUGAAGCUUUGCCAACCAUCCUACGACUUGCCAUCAUGGUGGAUUUGUGGUCAGCAUGAUAGAGAUCUCCUUGUUGGAGCUGCAAGACAUGGUGUUGUAAGGACAGAUUACCAUAUCCUGUUUGAUCCAAACCUGUCAUUCAUUGAUGUGAUAAAAAAUAAACAGACAUCUAGUCACUCCAGCUCUCCCUUGCCAAAUAAAGACAAAGAUAUAAAACUGGAAGAUGGUGAAGAGAAACCUAUUAAGAAAGAGGACGUGAAAGUGAAAGGAGAAAUCAAAGAGGUUAAAGAAACAGUAGAGGGUCUAAAAUCUGAAAAUGAGGUCAGUAAAUCUGAGCAGUUACCAAAGAAAGGUGAACUUUGUAAAGGUGAGGACAAAGACCUGAAAAUGGAUGUGGACAAAGUUCUUGUCAAAAGUGAAGAAAAAUCAAAAGAGGACAAAGAAGUAAAUGGGGAGUCCCAUGUUGUUUCUCCUGUCAAAUCUGAACAGUCACCUGAUGAAAAAUCUCCCAAAAAAUCUAGUGACCUUUCAGUCAGUAAAACAGGUGAAAAUUCACCAGGUAAAGAGAGUGAGGGAACACCUGUGAAAAUGGAAGUAGAGGGUUUGUCAGUGAAGGAAGAAACUCGGGAUUCACCAGUCAAGAAGGAGAUAGAAAAUUCAUCAGAGAAGAAGGAAGAGGAAGAAGUAGUGGUGAAGAAGGAAGAGGAAGAAGCCAUUGUGAAGAAAGAAUUAGCCGAGUUAGUGCAAGAAAAUGAGCCUCAAGACUUGACCUCCAUUAAGGAGAAGAUCAGAAGUGAUAAAUGUGAUCAAAUGGUGAAGGAGGAAGAGAGGCAUAAACAUGCAGAUGACACAGAACAGAAGAUUAAGGAUAUAGUUAAAGACAUCAAACGACAAACAACAGAAGAAAUAGCCAAGUUAGAGGGGAAGAGGGAAAAGGACACCAAGUGUUCAUAUGAGGAGGAGGAGCUGCAGAAGUUUCUAGCCAGGAGAGAGGAGAUGGAGGCAGAGGGAAUGCCGACAGAUUACUUCCCAGAGAGUCAGCUGAGUGCUGCCAUAAACUGGCCAAAGGAUCGUGUGUUAUUUCAUCGGCUUGAGCACAUCUGUUACUGCGUAGAACACAACGAAUGGCCUUUCCCCAAGAGAAUGUCAUAUAUCCCAAUGAACUACGAUUCGCGCAGUGGAACACCAGUAGGAUCCAUGACUUCCAAGGAGGACCCAGAUCUCAGCCAAUCUGAUGCAGGCGACUCGGUAUAUGAUGGUGUCAAGGUGAUGUCAGAUUUAGAUAAGGACUUUGAAGUAAUGAUGUCCGAGGGUGAUGGGUUGAAGAUGACUUUCCACAAAAGAAGAGGACAAGGUCGUAAAUAUGAAUUUGAAGGCAGUCGUAUGCAGCAACUCAUGAACCGAAGCGCAGCCUCCAGCGACAAUGAGAGUCUGUCGGAAACCCCCCGAUCUCAGGUAGCUGGUCACCUGUCUCCAAGGCACUCCCCUCAUCACUACCUUUUCUCACAGACUCCAGCUGAACUGAUGAAUGGUGCUGGUCCUGAGUUAGACCCAGAACUCUUAAGAAGAAGCAUGAUGGAGCAUGCUCUCUAUUUUGGUGAUCGGAGAGGUAGAAGAGGUCGCAAGAGAAAAGCAGAGAAAAUGGCAGAGAUUGCAAUGGCGGAGGCUUUGUCCAAAAGAAAUACAGCCAGAGCAGUGGCCAGCUUUGAGCCAGAAUCCCGUGUUCCUGUUAUUAACCUGGAGGAUGGCAGUCGUCUGUCAGGUGAUGAAGCUCCACUGAAGCGUGAUCUUGACAAAUGGUUGGAUGAGCAUCCAGGUUACAUGGUGGAUAGACCCCCAGAAUUAUAUUUGGAGGAAGAAGAACUAUCAGAGGCAAGUGAUAAGCGUAGAGGAAGAAGACCCAAAGUAGAUCCUACCAUGUUAGACCCCAUGAAAUUGACAGGAGAGGAAAAUGUGUCCGUUGUCAAUAGGAUAACUGGCAAAAGGAUAACUGGUGCUAAAGCUCCUCCUAUGAGAUACCUCAGUGAAUGGUUGGAACAAAAUCCUCUCUAUGAUGUGGAUCCAAAAUGGAUAGAUAUUGUCAAAUCCAAGGCAAAUUUACCAAAGAGUCUGUUGUCGCGUUUGAGCACGUCUUCAUCGGGUCGACGAGGCAGACCAAGAGAAAGAGACCUGUCAUCUUCAUUGCUGUCAGACAAUCCCUACAGUGCAGCUUCACUAGCGGCCAGUAUGUCUGCAUUCCCAGGCCUUGGCCUCAUGUCGGGCUUUGGCAAAAUGCCUAUGGGAAUGCCAUUUGGUACAUUGCCAAAUCUAGGUCUGACAAAUCCCAUGCUGGCAGGUUUUGCCGGCUUGAUGCCAGGGCUCUCGCCAUCUUCACUGGCUAAGGCAAUGGAAAGUGAUACCAGAAAGGACAAAUCUCCCAGCAGUAGCAAGGAGUCGAGCAAAUCCAAGUCCCCAAGCAGCUCACAGACCCCACAUCCGUCUUUCCCCAUGUUGUACAAUCCACUCCUGUUCAACCCCCUCCUAGCAGCUCAGGCCCAGGGCUUAAAUUUCUCCUUACCCACGUCAUUGCCCUCAUCUUUUGCUUCCCUGGCUCAGUCUGGUCUCAUUAAUGGACAAGGUGACUCCGAUCUGGAGGAAGGAGAAAUUAAACGAUACAGCCAGGCGGAGCACCACGAUCAAGAAAUGGCUCAAGACCUAUCUGUGCGGCGUAAAGAGGCCCAUUCUCAUCAUAGGAAACGAAAAAGCUACGAAAUGUCACGACCUGCUGAAACGGCCAGCAUCAGAGAUGAUCAAGACCAAACAGCCUGUUUAGACUUGUCUGUUAAAUCAAAACCGAAAGAUUCACCAAAAGCUAGUGAUUUGUCGAGUAGAACACACUCUACUCCAGAGUCACCUAAAGACAGCUCAAAAACCAAAAACAAAAUACAGGGUUCUUUUAAAUUGGAUAAAAUUUUGGACACACUCAAAGACAAAGUGAACAAAAUGGAAGAUAAACCUGUGAAAAAGGAAAAAGAUAAAGACAAGGAGUCCAAACUGAAUAGCAUUUUAAUGAAAAUAGCCAAAGAAAAGGAUGUGGAUGUCAACACAUUGAAUUCAAUGGCUGUUCCAGAGACAUCCCUAUCUAAGUGUUCAGAAGGCUCUGAUGUAUUAUCAGGAAGUAAAGAUGGUGAGACAUCGUCUGAGGAGGCAGAAAAGUUGGCUAAUGAAAGUGAGAACCAAUCCUGAUAAUUGAGGAGUCCACUGUUCAUGUAACGACUUGCUGUGUGUGAGUGUGCUGAGUGCAGAACCAUAUCAAGGCUCACCUGUCUGUGUGGAUGAGCUUGUGGAACUAAUUGUACUGUGGAAUACUGUGACGUGAAUGUGUUCCAGGGAAAAUGUUACUUCUAUCUGUUAUUACUGGAUUAAUUUAUUGAUUGUGAGUGAGACUUCAGCCUUCUUGAAAUGUACAAGUGUUAAAGGAUUCCAAAUCAUGUCUUGUCUGCCAAUCAGUGAUCAAUGUGGAUUCCAUUGUUUCACAACAGAUCUCCCCCUCCCUCCCUCAUGUCUGACAGGUUGACCUUGUCAGAACUGUGAAGGGCUGGGAUCAGUCACUGCAGGCACCUCAUCAUUUUCGUUCUCAGGGCAAUAAUGUUAAAAACAAGUAUUACAUGUGUUGGAACAAUAUUAUUUUUUUUUUUUUUUUUUUGCAUUGUAACAAUCAAUUUCAUAUCGCACAUGUUUGUAUAUAAUUUAUUUGUGGUGGGAAGUUCAAAUAUACCAAGCAAAACCAUUGAAAUUCAUGACUGUUUUUUUUUUCUCUCUCUCUCUUUUCUUUGAUUGUGAUAAGGCCACAAAUGAGAAAAGUACGGUUGUGAUAGAAUUGUACAUUUAAUGGUAGAUUUGAAUUUCCUUUUCAUUUAUAUAUCAUGAUAUUAGUUUCAUGGCUAUCAUUGCUGUUGUGUAUAUGCAAAUUAAUUUAAGAUAAGCAUUUUCAAAGAAGUUGGGUCAGGAUUUUGCAUGGAGAUCAAAUAAACUACCUGCAAUAAUAAUGUUUUGACAGUAUCGACUAUUUCUAAGAAGCAUUAGAAAAUGAUCUUUUUGAUGCUUUAGUUCAGCACUUAUGACCUUUCAUAAUUUGUGGUGAAGAUACUGCUUUACGACAUCGUUAUAUGUGUAUCUCAGGUCCAUUGGUCAGUGAAGUGAGAUUUUGUGUGGAGUAAAAGUCUACAUUUUACAUCUUCGUCAGUGUCUUGCAAGAUUUGUGUUAACUGGGUGGGUUAAAAGUGUACAUUCCUCUAGAGAUUUUUAAUUUCAUGUUCACUUUUGUGUAAAAUGGUCCCCACUAUCAAUGAAUUCUUUUGUGUAAUUCAAAUUCUUUUAUACAUUGCUAAUGAAUGGUAAAUAAUUGAUUUUUAUGUGUCCAUGACAGUGAUAUGAUAGACAGGUCAUUUUUCUAUCAUACCAGCUAUAUUGCAAGGCAGGCAAGCAUUUAGGUGCAAGGUGUUGACACCAUUAUUACAACUCUGUACACUUUAAUGUUGGGGCAUUUCUUUAUAGCGAAGAAGUUGCAGGUAAUUUCUUGCCCAGAAAAAACUUAUUGGGUGGAUGUUUAGUGAAAUAACGAAUUGUAUGUAUUUAUUUGUUGAGGAAAUUUUGUAUGUAAAAUAUUUUUAUUAAAACAUGAAUUCAG